AUGGAAUGGACGGGAGCCGAAGAAAAGAAGGAAAAGCCUAAAAGGGUCCGUGGGAAGGAAGUGCGAUCUUUGGGCGAGCGAGUGCACGGGGUCCUACCAUGGGUCCGCAUGGACUGCUUUGAUUGGCUUCCGUCUCCGAAUGUUGCGACGCGAGGGUUGAAUGUCAGGAAGUAUAUCUUUGUGAACUUGACUGCAGUCGAGGCUAUAUCGAUGGGAGGCUUUGUCCGAGUCGAAUCGGAGCGUGUGAAGAGACGCAUACGAGUGUGGGGUGAUACAUUGAUGGGCGCGAACCGUGGUCCCAAAAACGCAAAAACGAACGAUGUUUUUGAGCUCGGGAACCAUCUGGGGAACAGGGGCAGACAGGGCAAGUUGCCCUGGAGGUUGAAAACUACGGGGACUUUCCUAGGUAGGAAGGUGGUUCGAGAAACCAGAGGGUGUGAUCGACUGGGGAAUCAGGAAGAGGAUGGAUGUGGAAAAGAGGGGGAACGACAAGCUUUGAGGUCACAGCUCAGACGAAGGGGUUUAUGCGGUUGCGAUACCCCCAUGGUCGUCCAUCAUGACAGCAUCCAGGAACAAUUAGAGGAACAAAAUGGAAAUCUGCUGGCCAAGUCGAUGAUGGAAAUGAAAAAAAAUGAAGAUAUCUCUGGGAUGUCUCUGGGUUCCGAGUCGCUGCCUGGGCACAAAAAUUCGAUUCACAUUCCGGGGAUUCCAAACCAUGCGCAGGCGUCUCACAAGAGAGUUGGAAGCUCCGGAGUCCGAAUGAGGAAGGGAAACGCAAGCAGUCCGGGAGAUGGUCUCAUGACCACAAACAAGUACGCUGCAUACCUUGGGAAAACCCCUGUCGAUCCGGAAGGUCUGAAGGGCCGACGACGAUUGACUCAAAAGAAGUACGAUCAAAAAAGAACCGGUCGAUCCACCAAGAAGCAGAUCGCGACAAUACGCCAGACCGAUUGUGGUUACGAUACUGCUUGA